CAAAGAUGGCGGCCCGCAGUGUCAGGUCGUGUGUUGUGAAACAUCUAAUAACUCUGUAAAUGACCGAAUGAACGAGUUUUUAGGCUAGUAAAUACUUGUUUUAUGUAAAUAGUAAACAUGUGGCACUGUAACGCUAGCUUUGCAAUCUGUUGAUAUAAUUUUAAGAUGUUAGUUAUUACCUGAAUGGCUUUUACAGUAACUGUAUCAUUUUAAAAAGACAAGAUACAGUCAGAGAAAAUGCUGCCAGCUACAUGGUCACGACUGACAUGCAAGUAUGUGUCCAGCCGGGGACAGAGGACGCUGAGUCUGUUCUCCAGCUCCGUCCCUUCAAACUGGAGUAAAGUGGUGUCUGACGCAGAGAAGAUAGUGGGAUAUCCAACCUCCUUCAUGAGUCUGCGCUGCCUGCUCAGUGAUGAACUCAGUAAUGUCGCCAUGCAUGUGAGGAAGCUGGUCGGGACUCAACACCCUUUACUCAACACUGCAAGGGGCUUUGUCUAUGACAGCAAGAACAACCUGCAGAUGAGAGGACUGGUUGUACUGCUGUUGUCAAAAGCAGCAGGGCCGAGCCACGCAGCCUCCGAUCUCCUGUCUCAGGACAUGGUCAGCGGCAUCUACCCCAGCCAGAGGAACUUGGCAGAAAUCACUGAGUUGAUCCACACAGCCUUCCUGGUGCAUCGCGGGAUUGUCGAUCUGAAGGAAUGGACGGUUUCAGACGGCCCGCUGAAGGACAUGCAGUUCGGGAACAAGAUGGCUGUCCUGAGUGGGGACUUCCUCCUGGCAAAUGCUUGUACGGGACUUGCCGAGCUGAAUAACACUAAGGUUGUCGAACUGAUUUCUAGUGCCAUUGGGGAUUUGGUUCAAGGAAUCUACUACGAGAAUUCCAGUAAUCCGGAGGAGAACAGUCUCAGUGUCGGUGUGGACGUGGCGUCCUGGGAGGAGCAGACGUUCCUGUCCCAUGGGGCCCUGCUGGCCAAGAGCUGUCAAGCUGCGAUGGAGCUCGCCCAACACGACAAGGAGUCCCAAAGACUGGCCUACAAGUACGGAAAGCACCUGUCGCUGGGCCACAAACUGAACUCUGACCUGCAGCCCUUUGUGAAGAACAGCGUGGGGGAGCCUGUGACGUUCAGUUUGAGUGCCGCCCCCGUGGUUUUCCACCGUCAGAUCGUUGGCCAGGCGAGAUGGCAUCAGCAGCUGCAGCAGGUACAAACACAGAGAAACCAACUAGACUACUCAAAGCUUUUGGCAGCAGUUAAGUCGGAGAAAGGCAUCAGCACAGCGGUGGACUUAUGCUGUUACCAUGGCAACAGGGCUCUAGAGGCCAUCCAGGCUUUCCCCUCCUCCGAGGCUAGAUCUGCCUUGGAGAACAUCGCCUCCGCCAUCACCAAAUUCUGACCUGGACUCACACAUACACACACACACACACCACACACACACACACACACACACACACACACACACACACACACACACACACACACACACACACACACACACACACACACACACACACACACACACACACACACUCCUUCUAAAAACCCGGUGUGUGUGUCUGCAAAGGCUGCAGGAUGAGAUCCAGUGAACACACGACACUUUGGGGACAAAUGAACUUCUUCUGAGCCUGGUGCUGACUUACGUCUGAAGAAACUGCUCUGCAAUGUUUUGAUUAUAAUUUAAGAAAUUAAAUGACUCAAUCUAUAAAUGGUUAUCAUUGAAAAAAAUCAAAAACACAUUACUGCAUCAUGUCAUGUGUUGUGUUGGCUCUAAAUCGUCCCCUUCCUCUCCUGUGUAGAGAAAAUAUCACCCCAAAGCUGCAUUUUAAAUCCUGGCACUUUAUUGUUACCUCGCUUAUCAGCAAAGGCACAUACCAGGCAGAACGUAAUUUAAGAUGUUCUGAGGAAUUGUUAUUGUCAUCUGGAAAAUGUGCCAUGAAGUGCAAAUGAUGCACCAAGCAGCACUUAUUCUAACUAAAUUUCAUUUUUUAGAAUCACCCAGGUUCACCCUGCUCGUUACUGCACACCUCAGAUGGCGCUGAAAUCGUAGCUGCCGGAUGUAGUGGAUGUCUGCCAAAUUGAAGAGCAGCUCUAAAACCAGUUGUGAAAAUGUCUCAAAGUCUUGUUAUACCACGUAUGCACCCCCGCUGAUAAGCACAGCUGCAAAAUGAUGUUUUUUUUGUGGUGUUUGGCGCAGCUUCCUCUCCACAUAGGGGGAGGCGGCUGGGCUCAGGAGUCAUGUCAUCUAUGUUGCCUUAUUAUGUCUGUCCCCACGCCUGUGUAUUUGAUCCCAGUCGAGCCAGGGGCGGGGAAAGGUCACACAGCCUCUCCCCUCGGCCCAGCCAGCGAGCGCAUUGAAGCUCCGCCAAGCAGUAAUAAUUAAUGAAGAGACCUGAGCAAAUGGACAGGAAAUGCAGAGGUAUUGAUUGGGCCGGCUGCCCUGCUCUAAGCCGUACAGGCUGGCGCCAGCCUGGUGGCCUGUGGUUUCCCAGGCUGCUGUCUGCGGAGGGGGGGGCAGCCAAGGUGUGAAACCGUGCCACCGCUUGCAGCUGUCUGUCACAUCCAGGCCACACCUGAAGGACAGCACUCAGGAGACAGCAGGGACAAGAGGGGUCAGUGUAGGUCCAGAGAACAGAGGUACAUGUUGGCACCACAUCAGAACAUCUUUUUCAGACUUUAAAUUUGACAGUUUGACUCAGACAAGUGUCAUGAGAUGGAAUGCCAAUAUGAAAGCAGUUAGUUAAUAUUUGCUGUAGAAAGCAGUGUCUUACUUUGGGAGUAAACAUAUAGUUUCAAUUAUUUUUAGGUUUCAGUUGUGAACUUUUCAGCCUUGUUAAUGAAGAGGGUAUUGAGAAUUGCAAUGUGUUUAUCAUUGACCUUUACAAUAUCGUAUAACAUAGUUAUGGCUCCCUGAUGAUGAGUCAUUAAAACAUUGUUGAUUCAUUCACUUUCCAUUAGCUUUUAUGAUUUUUGAUGAAAUGUCUCAAAAACUAUUGGAUUGAUAUCUAUGGAGUUUUAGCAUGUAGCCUCCACAAAGAAGAUUGGAAGAUUCAGAUUGUCAAUCAGUAAGACUCCGGUGUGAUAAAUAAGCACUGCAUUUAUGGAAAAGAAAUCAGUAAUGAGAUCAAAGAAACUAAUUCAUCUACAUUGGGUGUCAGAAUCAGUCAAACUGAAAGUUCCUCACAGGAGCUUUAACAUCAGCAUGCUUUUAGCAGGCGGACACAACAAACUCAAAACACCUCUAACUAACAGUUUAACAGACCCGAUAGCAGGAUUGUGUUUUAAAUUAGGGAUCUGUGGAAAAACUCAGUUUCACCAUGUUAAGCUUAUGUUACUCCUGUCUUGUCUGUAAAUCAAGGAGUCAUGGCAUAAAACAAAUGUUUGAUAUUUAAAUUUCAAAAACUAGAUGCGCUUUAUUUAAGGUUUCUUGUUGAGAUGCCAGUGAGAAUUUCCUGAUGAGCUACAUGUGUGAGAAACAUUUUGAAAGCUUGAGGCAGCAGCAGCAGCAGCAGCAGUGAAGUAGGGGACUGUGGGGGUAAAAAAGGAUCCAAAGAAAAAAAAAUUAGGGCGAAAUGACACAUCUAAAGAGUUUUGGGCUGAAGUGCAUGAGACAGUGAUGCUAAGUGAACUAUUCCAAAAAAAAACAAGCUCCUGUCUGUUGCAGGGCUGUAGGUCCACUUCAUCUGUUCUUUUUCCACUGCUUGAGCUUCCUGGGUACAGCGAGGUACAGCGUGUGCCAGGGAACGCCUCAGGCUCUCCAUGAAAUAUUUAUCCUCGCCGUGAGGAGACAUGAGGAAAGUUACAUGGAAAGUUAAAAGGACCAAACAUGGAAGAAGGCUGGGGCACUGCCAGAAUGACAAAUAUAGUUACUAAACAGAACUUUUUCAAAAGACCAGGUCUGACCUGAGCAAUGAAACUGUUGCAUGGACAGUCCCAGUAGAAAUCAACCGGCCCUCUGCAGAACCCGAGUUGAUGGAAUGAGCUUUUUCUUGUUUUUGCCUUCAAGAGGAAAACAGCAUUUUUCCAGUUGUAAAGCUAAAUGUUUAAACUAGAACAGAGAUUUUAGACUUCUUUUUCUCUCAUGCCAACAUGGCUGUUGCCUGUAUUUAGAGCCCAAAAGAAGUGAAGAAGAGGAGAGAGAGAGAGAGAGGUUUUCAGCUUCAUGUCCUGCACAGCUAAACCUGACUUAUGCUUUCAGAGUCUUGGGCGUCAUUAAAGCAAGAAGUGACAAAAUUCAAAACAUGAUGUGGGUAUCAGUUUAGUGAGCUUGGCCUGACUAAGAGCUCUGUAAUUACAGCCGUUGGAGAAAGUUUAGAUUCCAUUAUAACCAUUCACACACACCAAUGUGGAUACAGAGUGUCUGUUUUUUUUGUUCUCAUUACAAAGAAUUCAAUUUUUUAAAGUUCAAUGAUAAACGGUGUGAAACAGCAUGACUGCUUUAAUUUAUCACUCAACUUUACACAUGUUAAUCAGAUUAUUGACCAGUCUAUCUCUCUUAUAUAGCCUUUUUUUAAUACACAUUCAACGUUACCUCUGUACAAUAGCAACCCCUCCCCCCAAGUCUUCAAUUAAUUUAUAACUUUGAACUUUAGUGUCAUAGUUGUCAAAUGAAAAAUCCUGGAUUAUAAGAAAAAACUGCAAACUAAUGACAAAAGUGUAGUUGAAAGUCUGAAACUGAAGAUUCUUACAACAAUUAUGACUGCAUCAUUAACAAAACAAAGUUGCAAAACUGGACUUUUUCAAACAUUCAACCCAAGAUUUUACAUUAUUACUUAUUCCUGACUUAUAAAACAUUUUGUAAUAUAUUUAUUUUCUAUUAAGUUACUUUUUUAUAAUCACUCCAUAUAGGGCUUUUUUGAAAACUGUAGUGUUGGUCAUCUCUUAACUGGAAGGUCAGGGGUUCAAUCCCCAGCUCCUGCAGCCACAUGUCACAUGACUUUGGGCAUGACACUUAACCCCAAGUUGCUCCUGCUGCUUCGUUGACGUUCCUCUACCAUCAGUGUGUGAAUGUGUUGGUCUGACCUGUGGUGUAAAAGCGCUUUGAGUAGUCAGAAGACUGGAAAAGGAUUAUACACUCUCAGGUCCAUUGCACUUCCACUAACUGUAAGACUAUCUCAAAAUCAUGAUCUACCCAGUGUGUGUCUUUGCUGAUCAGCUGUCACAUGCAUCAAUCAGUAACAACAUCAAGACAUGUUUCCAGCACCUCCACAAUUUAGCAUGGGGUCUUUAAAAAAACAUGCAAGAUUCAAGAUUCAAAAAACGUUAUUGUCCAUCACAUUGUGACAGAAAAUGACCUUGUGUUGAGGCUCAACAUGAAAACAUACAAACAUUCACACUAACACUCACAUUAGGUCAUAAAAAGCUAAAAGUACCCUAAAUAGGUAAAAACACAUAUGCACAGCAUUUAAAAAACAUUGCUUAUUUAGCCUUGUUUAAAAUGCGUAUUGCAGUGAUAGAGCCUGCAAACCAUGAGUCGCUCAGACAGAGGAGCGCCCCACCAAAAACAAUCAAUCCAAGUGAUGUCCCAAGUAUAAGCAAGUAUAAAAAUGCUCUUUGUAGGUUUUACACUAACAGUGUUUCUUUGCAUAGCUGCUUUGGGCUCCAUUCUUUACCAUGUGUGAACUAGAAGUUGUGACAGUGUGUGGACACACCAGUCAUUUUAAUGUAUAGUUUGUGCAUGACCAGGAUUUUCUGUCUGUGUUAAAUAAAGUGAGGAACUGA